UCUUCAUUUCACAAGCUCCGCACGCCUCGUUCGCAUCAUCGACUGCAUCUUCCCAAGUCCUCAAUAAAGGCGCCACAAUGUCUCCUACUGCGCCUACGGAGCGUAUUCAUUCCAAUGCCCCGACCUUCCUGGCCUGUCUUGUCACAGCAUCCGCUGCCAGCAACCCCCCCCAAAUGUCAACCUUUGGCAUUACAACGCUGACACCUGCAGAUGUCCCCCCGAAUGCGAGCCAGUAUGCCACUGCCUAGGAGGCGGAUGGGCUGCGCGCAGAAGUCAUGAAUAUGCUGAAAAAGGAAAACGUCGCCUUCACGACGGUGGCCCUGUGUGGUAUCGCCAAUGAUAGCAGCACUGUCGCUUGCUUCGUAGGUGUGCUGCCCGGUACUUGCGGACCGACUCUGCCUACGGCCAUUAUCCAUGGCAUCUGGGAUGUGUUCGACAGACGUGGUAUUGCUGGUGACGACUUGAUGAUUCAAGUCAGCGAGUACCAGGUCGCCCUCUAUUUACAUGCGUUCUCGUUCCCCUUCUCUUUCGAGGAUACGUAUGGCAAUGGUGCGCUUUUCCCGGGAUGUUCUCUCGGUCGGCAGGGCGAUAGUCGUUAUGGGUCUUUCUCCUUCAUGCUCGAGGUACGCGCCGAGGAUUCUACUAAGCUCCUUGGUGUAACCUGUGGUCACGUUGGGAAUCCCGAUUGGUAUAACAACGGCUUUACCGGCACCACAAUCGAGAGUCCCUCCGCCUUCCAUCACGACAUGUGGAACCAACGUCUUCGCAAGAGCCAUCAAUUUGUUAGCGAAUGCCAAACCAUACAGUCCUUCUCCUGCACUGUUGGUCAGCUGCGGUAUGCUACUGCUAUACCCGAUACAACCUCGGGUCCGGACCCUAAAUCCCGUCUCGACGUCGCCAUCUUCGACGUGAAUGGCAACGGUCGCACUAGUACCAAUGAUCCCUACAUCCGUGUAGCCGACUACUUGAACGAUUAUGGCGGUCUAGGCAACGACGUUGUCUCCAUGGCUGGCGCCCGAACCGGUGCCACUAUUGGAAUCAAGCUCUCAACUUCGGUGGCGGUUGCCCUGUACCAUGGAACCAAUCUUAUCACCGAGACUAUCGAAAAGUGUAUCGUUCCUUGCGAUUCGGGUCCCGGCGUUUUUGCAAGGCCUGGCGAUUCCGGUGCUUUGGUUUUCGAUGCCAAGCAUAAAGCCGAAGGCAUAGUUUGGGGCGGCGGCGACAACAAACCUGCUUCUAACAACACGACUGUGCCCACCAGCACCGCUGCUGACGUGGCUCUCCAAGUCAUGACGUCGGUCCCGGGCCUUGAUGCCAGCAAGUUCGUGUACUAUACAGAGCUCAAGCACGUCAAGGAUUACAUCCAGCAGAAGCUGGAUUCUGAGUACGGCACUGGAAACUACGAGGUGCUUUGGGGUUCAGGAGGCCAGCGGUGGAUCUAGUAGUCGCUGGGGACGAGUUAUUUGCCUAGACACACCACCAGGCCAGGUCAAUGUGGGGGUCGGAUGGUGGAUUCAUCGGACUACUACCAUCGUACCUGGGACAGAUCGGUAGACAGGUAGUUACAAAUCAAGCCCCUGCCAUCUUCUCUCUGCAUCAAGUGGUAUUGAUACGUGACCCCAUGGGGAGUUACCCUGUAGCUAUAGACAAGAUAGAUAAGAGCUAUAAAAGAGCUCUGCCAGGCCAGAAUAGCCGACCUGGCCAUCCUUUCCCAAUACAACAAUUCACACCC